AUGAAUUGCACUUAUCAUUUUCAAAAUCCAAUCACUUUGAUAUGCGUAGCCCCUCAUAUAUGCAAAUGUUAUAGGAAACUUUGUGUAGUAUGUCAAUAGGAGCAUGGAGUGGAUUUAUAAUUUACCAUUCCAGUUUAAAUGUUUCGAGAGAUGGCUUUAAAGAAAUUAAAAGACUCCAAGCUUGAUGAUACAUCAGAGUUAAAUGAAUAAAGAAUGGCUUUUAAAUCAAUGCUCUCACAAACUGAGAGUAUGAUGAAGAAAAUUGGGGAAGAAUUAUCAGAAUCAAUCAAAUAAAUAUAUGAUAUGAUUGAUCAAUAAAACAAAUCAUAUCUUGAUCUCAUUAACGAGAAUACAAAUCUAAUUGAAACUUCAAAUACAGAAUUAGAGAAAAUUGUACAAAUAUUUGAAGGAAGAACAUUACAUGUUUGGAAUGCUUCAAAAAAUUUUUAUUUGAAUUAGUUAGAAAAAGUGAAGAAUUUAUGGUUCUCACAAAUUAAGUCUUUUAAUGAAAAGAUAAAGAAAGAAACGAAUGAGAUUUUUUCAUAGCAAUUUAAACCAUCUACUACCACUAUAAAGCCUAUUUAAGAAGAAGCUGAAGUUUAUUAAAUGAAGGAAGAUCUUUAUGAGAUGCUAACCUACAUCCAGGAUAUAGAUGAAUCUCUCUAUUAGAAGAUUCUUGAUAUAAUUAGAUAAGAGAAAGUUUCAAACAUUAUUGGAUUCCUGUUGAAGAAAAACAAUCAGCAGUUUUUUGAUUCAUUAAUCAACAAGUAAGAGAAUAUAAUGGUUAUCAAGAAGUAAGUAAAGAAAAUAACAAAUGUCUUGAAGAAUAUUUAGGAUCAUAAAUUUUAUAAAGAUGACUAUUCUCAAGAAACAUAUGAAAAGGAAAGAACGGAUCUGAUCAAGAGGAUGAAUAAUAACAAAGGGAUCACAUAGUUCAUCAAAUUUUUAGUACGACUAACAAGCAUAGAUGUAAAAUUCAUUCAAUCUGGAUCAAAUGGACUUAGUUUAUUAGUGGCCAUGAAGGUUGAUAUGAGAAAACAAUCAUUUGAGAAUAUCAAAAUAAAGAAUACUUCUUUGGUUGGAGGAAACUUUGUACGAUGCAACUUUAGUGGAUCUGAAUUUGACAACGUAGAUAUUAGUGGAGUCAACUUGAAUGGAGCUUAGUUGUUCAAUUGUAAAUGGAAGAACAUAAAAGUCCAUGAAUUGAAUAAGUUGGAUGGUCAUAGUAGUUGUGUUAGAUCAGUCUGUUUUUCUCCUGAUGGAAAUACAUUAGCUUCUGGUAGUGGUGAUUAGUCUAUCCGUCUAUGGGAUGUCAAAACAGGAUAAUAAAAAGCCAAAUUAGAUGGUCAUAGUAAUUGUAUUAACUCAGUCUGUUUCUCUCCUGAUGGAAAUACAUUAGCUUCUGGUAGUGAUGAUAAGUCUAUCCGUCUAUGGGAUGUCAAAACAGGAUAAUAAAAAGCCAAAUUAGAUGGUCAUACUAGUACUGUCUACUCAGUCUGUUUCUCUCCUGAUGGAAAUACAUUAGCUUCUGGUAGUGAUGAUAAGUCUAUCCGUCUAUGGGAUGUCAAAACAGGAUAAUAAAAAGCCAAAUUAGAUGGUCAUACUAGUUGUAUUAACUCAGUCUGUUUCUCUCCUGAUGGAAAUACAUUAGCUUCUGGUAGUAAUGAUAAGUCUAUCCGUCUAUGGGAUGUCAAAACAGGAUAAUAAAAAGCCAAAUUAGAUGGUCAUACUAGUUCUGUUUACUCAGUCUGUUUCUCUCCUGAUGGAAAUACAUUAGCUUCUGGUAGUAAUGAUAAGUCUAUCCGUCUAUGGGAUGUCAAAACAGGAUAAUAAAAAGCCAAAUUAGAUGGUCAUACUAGUUGUAUUAACUCAGUCUGUUUCUCUCCUGAUGGAAAUACAUUAGCUUCUGGUAGUGAUGAUAAGUCUAUCCGUCUAUGGGAUGUCAAAACAGGAUAAUAAAAAGCCAAAUUAGAUGGUCAUACUAGUUGUAUUAACUCAGUCUGUUUCUCUCCUGAUGGAAAUACAUUAGCUUCUGGUAGUGAUGAUAAGUCUAUCCGUCUAUGGGAUGUCAAAACAGGAUAAUAAAAAGCCAAAUUAGAUGGUCAUACUAGUUGUAUUAACUCAGUCUGUUUCUCUCCUGAUGGAAAUACAUUAGCUUCUGGUAGUGAUGAUAAGUCUAUCCGUCUAUGGGAUGUCAAAACAGGAUAAUAAAAAGCCAAAUUAGAUGGUCAUACUAGUUGUAUUAACUCAGUCUGUUUCUCUCCUGAUGGAAAUACAUUAGCUUCUGGUAGUGAUGAUAAGUCUAUCCGUCUAUGGGAUGUCAAAACAGGAUAAUAAAAAGCCAAAUUAGAUGGUCAUACUAGUUGUAUUAACUCAGUCUGUUUCUCUCCUGAUGGAAAUACAUUAGCUUCUGGUAGUGAUGAUAAGUCUAUCCGUCUAUGGGAUGUCAAAACAGGAUAAUAAAAAGCCAAAUUAGAUGGUCAUACUAGUUGUAUUAACUCAGUCUGUUUCUCUCCUGAUGGAAAUACAUUAGCUUCUGGUAGUGAUGAUAAGUCUAUCCGUCUAUGGGAUGUCAAAACAGGAUAAUAAAAAGCCAAAUUAGAUGGUCAUACUAGUUGUAUUAACUCAGUCUGUUUCUCUCCUGAUGGAAAUACAUUAGCUUCUGGUAGUGAUGAUAAGUCUAUCCGUCUAUGGGAUGUCAAAACAGGAUAAUAAAAAGCCAAAUUAGAUGGUCAUACUAGUUGUAUUAACUCAGUCUGUUUCUCUCCUGAUGGAAAUACAUUAGCUUCUGGUAGUGAUGAUAAGUCUAUCCGUCUAUGGGAUGUCAAAACAGGAUAAUAAAAAGCCAAAUUAGAUGGUCAUACUAGUUGUAUUAACUCAGUCUGUUUCUCUCCUGAUGGAAAUACAUUAGCUUCUGGUAGUGAUGAUAAGUCUAUCCGUCUAUGGGAUGUCAAAACAGGAUAAUAAAAAGCCAAAUUAGAUGGUCAUACUAGAGAAAUUAUGUCAGUCUGUUUCUCUCCUGAUGGAAAUACAUUAGCUUCUGGUAGUUAUGAUAACUCUAUCCGUCUAUGGGAUGUCAAAACAGGAUAAUAAAAGGCCAAAUUAGAUGGUCAUACUCAUUAUGUCGUAUCAGUCUGUUUCUCUCCUGAUGGAAAUACAUUAGCUUCUGGUAGUGGUGAUUGUUCUAUCCGUCUAUGGGAUGUAAAGACAGGAUAAGAAAUUAAAUCCUCUGAUAAAAACUACAAAGAUAUUCUUGCAUAAUUUAAAAUACCAUUUUAGAAUAGUUCAUUAUUACCAAAUGGUAUUUUUUAUUUAUUAUUUUUUAGUUGAGCCAGAUCGUACUAUACUUAGGAUUUGUUAGAAUCCUUUAUUAGAAGCAAGAGGUACGCUUAUAUUGUAAGGAGAAUUUAUGAACCAUUAAGGAAAAGAUUUGAAACCUUUAUUCAAAUCUAAAGGUAGUUGCUUUUUAGAAGACCUUAAGUAAAAGUGA